AUGGCGGGCGAGGCAUCUUCGCCGAAGGGGCGCGGGUUGCGAGCGAAGCUGGGGAGUCGCGUGUCGACGCGUAUGAGCGCCGAGGACGUUUCGUUCCCAGAGUUGGCUUCGCCGUCUUCCGUUCCCCCCUUGGACCCUGCGAUUUCUCGUCCUCCUUCAGCCUCGCCGACGUCUCCGCUGCACAAGCAGUACUUGUCUUCCGGGAGCAUUGUGUCCAGCCCGCUCUCACGGGCUUUCUCGAAGGUCUCUUCGAUGUUUUCUCGUAGUCGCUAUGUCCGUGGCGGUUCCAAGACGCCGGACGCGUCGCGCGCAUCGGCGCCCGUCGCCGCGGGCACGGCCCCAGAGAGACGCACAACCUUCAAUUUGCCUACAGCUGGCGGCUUCGUGCGCCUCCCCACCACUUCGUCCGCCACCGUCUGCACAUCGUCGCUGCCUUCAGUUCUUCGUGCCUUCGCCCUCCCCGAAGAGCAAUCCAACUUCGCCCCCGUCGGCAGCGAAGUUCCGCCUGCCCUCCUUCCUGUCUGCGGCGUGCCGCUCGUUGCCUUCGCGCUCGACUUCCUCGCGAGAAAUGGCAAGUGGACCAGAGAGCGCAAUAACACGGGGACGACGAAUUUUGAAACCGACAGGCAUACUCCCGCAGAGGGUUUUAGUCUCCAGACGCGAAAUGCCGGCGUGGAAUCGGGCAAGAGGAGGCGUGCAGGGAGCCCGGCCGCGAGGGCGAAGGGGCGCGGAGAGGCAGAGCGAGACACCCACGUCGGCGCGGCGCGCAAUCUCCCUGAAUCGCCAAGUGUUUUCCGUGCGUCGAUUUCCUUGCAGGCGUGA